AUGGCAGCAAGCACCAAAUCCAAGAUACUGACAAAGAAGGAGUUGAUCGAGCGACUGGCCCGUUUGGAAGCGGCGGGACAAGUGUCGAAUCAGGAAUCCUCGUCCAGUCCCAACGUGCCACUCCCAGACAAGGAGACGCUGUGGACUGUGGACAUGGUGCAGGUCCUUCUCGAGUUGCGUCUCCGUACUUAUGGUCCACCCUUCAAAAGCUCCAAGAGCAACCAACAGUUGUCGAUCUUGUGGCAGAAGAUUGCUAUGCGUUUGAGCUUUGUCACGGGGGUCGUUGUGUCGCAGACAUCUGCGAAGGCGAAGUAUCACAGCCUCAAACAAGAGUACUCUCGUAGCCGUGUGGCCGAGCAAGCUACGGGCAACAACGCAGACGUAGGUGUGGAGUAUCCUGCGUAUUGGGAGCACAUGAUUGGGUACCUCGGCAACAAAAACGGUCUUGGCCACAACGAAUUUGAAUCAAGCGGUGACGGCAUGGAAAACGCAAUGGUUGCGAACGAUGGUGACUCGUGGGCGGAGCCCGUUAUCGUUGCCGCGGACGAUCGUCCAUCCAAGCGACAAAAACCCGUGGGGGAAAUGCUUCGACGAUCCAGAAAUUAG